AUGACGACAAACGCGCGCGUGACUGUAUCCCAAAUACUUCGUAACAAAGACGAUACUGGCGAUGAAGAUGAUGAACCUAAGAAGAAAUCGCGAGAGGAUUGGAGAAAGGCUAAGGAGUUAGAAGAGGCUCGUAAAGCUGGUACAGCCCCUGCGGCUGUUGAUGAAACUGGCAAGGAUAUAAACCCUCAUAUCCCACAAUAUAUUUCAUCUGCACCGUGGUAUUAUGGAACUUCUGGACCCACUUUGAAACAUCAGCGGCCACAAGAAGACAGAGAGGGCCAGUUCACUAAACUUGAUACAUAUUACAACAAAGGUGUUACUGCAAGUGUGUCUACAAAGUAUAGAAAAGGAGCAUGUGAAAAUUGUGGAGCAAUGACUCACAAAAAAAAAGAUUGUUUGGAUAGACCUAGAAAGAUAGGUGCAAAGUUCACAAAUGCAGGUAUUGCUCCUGAUGAAUUCAAUCAGCCGAACCUAAAUCUAAGUUAUGACGGGAAGAGGGACCGGUGGAAUGGAUAUGAUCCUGAACAGCACAAGGCCAUUAUUGAAGAGUAUCAAAAAGUUGAAGAAGCAAAACGGGAAUUGAGAGCUAAGAAACUGGAACAAGAUCCAACAGCUACCGAAGAAGAUGAGGACUUAGAAGGGGAAGAUGAAGACAAAUAUGUAGAUGAAGUAGACAUGCCGGGUACAAAAGUGGAUUCAAAACAACGUAUCACUGUGAGGAAUUUGCGUAUAAGAGAAGAUACAGCCAAGUAUUUAAGAAACUUGGAUAUAAACUCGGCAUACUAUGAUCCAAAAACUAGAUCGAUGAGGGAUAACCCAAAUCCGGAAGCUUCUGAGUCGGAGUACGCGGGCGAGAACUUCGUGCGGUUCACGGGCGACACGCGCGCGCACGCCGCGGCGCAGCUGUUCGCGUGGGAGGCGCGCGCGCGCGGCCUCGACGUGCACCUGCUGGCCGAGCCCACCAAGCUGCAGCAGCUGCGCCGCCAGUACGAGAUGCAGAAGGACAUGUUCAAGACCCAGGUGAAACAAUCAGUGCUAGACAAAUAUGGUGGUGAGGAACAUCUCAAAGCACCACCCAAAGAGCUUCUUAUGGCGCAAAGCGAAGUGUUCGUGCGAUACAACCGUGACGGCACCCUCGCUGGGGCUGCUGAGAAACAAUUAGCUAAAAGUAAAUAUGAUGAAGAUGUGCUCAUCAACAAUCACACGACAGUGUGGGGCUCGUACUGGAGAGAUGGCCAGUGGGGAUACAAGUGUUGCCAUUCAUUUAUAAAGAUGUCAUAUUGUGUGGGUGAAGCGGGUAAAUCCAUGGUGUUGGAAGUACCAGAAACUACAAAGGAAUCGGGUCAAAAGGCUAUAAAGGAAGAUGAAAAAUCGGUAAAAUCAUCAUCGUCGUCAUCACAAGCCAGUUCUGAUAGCAGUUCAGAUUCCGAACCAGAUAAAAGGACAAAAACAGAAAAAACUAGUAAGAAGAAGAGAGACAAGAAGAAGGCCAAAAAGAAGAAGAAGAAGGAGAAAAAGAAAGGAAAGAAUAAAGAAGAAGAUAAAUUGAAAAAGGCAUUGGAAAUGGAAGAAAAAAGCCAAAAGCGUGCAGAAUACCUACUGUCUGUAGACGAAAGAAAACGCCCGUACAAUAGCAUGUAUGAAGUUAAAGAACCAUCUGAGCAAGAAAUGGAAGCGUACAUGAUGAAACGAAGACGCGAAGAAGACCCUAUGAGUCAGUUUAUG